GUGUACCCCAGGGCAACAAUAGGAAAGAGAAAGCAGAAAGAGGUCCUAAGUGGGCGGUGGUCUCUCUUUUAAAGGGAUCAUUUGCACCUGCGCGGAAACCCUAGGCUGACCAGGCUACUGCCUGAGUGCAUUCUGCCAGGUGACGGGCAGGCCAGCAUAAUGCCUGAAUUCUUACACCAGGAUUUAGGAGGCAGAAGCAAGCUGAUCUACGUUAGUUCGAGACCGGUCUGGUCUAUCUAGCAAGUUCCAGGGUGGACAAGACUACGUAGUGAGAUCCCAUCUCAAGAAAAUUUGGGAAAAGAAAGAGGAUGGGUGAUGCUGGUCCCAGGAUGGAGGCGUGUCCUUAUUGUAAGAAGCCAUUUAAGCGAUUAAAAUCCCACUUGCCGCACUGUAAGAUGAUAGGACCACCCACAUCUGCUGAUCAAAAAGUUUAUCAGUCCAAGCCAACAACACUUUCACAUGUUAAAAAUGAGACGAGGCCGACAAGAGACCUAACCAAAGCUGAAAGGAAAGAGCCAGAGAGUGCAAAAAGAAAUCCGAAGUCAGAAAAGGACAGCCCAGAACUGAUGGCUGCCACCUUUCCACUGCCGGCAGGUACAACGGAGGCGGAAGGAGAAGCCAAAGAUCAAAGUCAUUCCUCCUUCCAAGCACUGAGACUCGCCAAGAUAAACGUGGUUCUGCAGAGAGGCAAGGCCCCUCAGUCUCGUGCAUUGGACGCCACCUCUCCUCAGAGAGAACUUGACAGAGAGGUGACUGGAUCCGAGGGAAGUCCACGUCAUCCCUCAGAAACCAAAGCAUCUGAACUGGUUGGCUCAACGGAACCAGUUUUAUCUAAUCAAGGUAAAAAAUAUCCCUCGAUUCAACAUCAUGCUAAACCAGCUUCUUCUGCAAGUCUGAAAUUGGAUACAGUUGAUCCCCAAAGACAGAAGCUUCUGGCAAAAUCACUAGAGGUGCCUGUCAGCGAUUGUCAUUCUCCAAAGAAUGACAGCCCCGGGGUCCAGGGAGGAAGACCCUCGCUGUUGAUCAGAGAGAGUAGUUCCAGUGAUGGAGACCACUCAGGAGUCCCUCUCGACCCUGGUAAUGCCGAGACUCUGACAAAGUCCGAAUCACUCCUCUUGGGCCUUCACGCCGCUCCACUGGGAAAAGCACAAGUCAGAGAACACCAGGAGCGUGGCCUCGGAAUAGAGCUGUGCCAGACCAAGGGAAAUCCUGAGAACAACGUGUCAGCCACAGAAGUACCGGAACAGUCUUGCUUGGGCCAUGGUGCUAAGGACCCCAUGUCAUCCCCAAAGGAAAACACACAGGCAGCCCUUGCACUUUUGGACGUAUUUGCCCCACCAGAGGGAACUUCUAGUAAGCGGCUCUCUGUACCAGAGUCAGGGUGUCAGCACCUGGCCUCCCUGGCUGUGAAGUCUCCCCCAGAAGACAAAACCCAAUUCUAUGGCCAGAGUCACGUCCCUGCCAUAACUCUAUUAGUGGGAAACAAGAGGGAUGUUCUGGAUCCCACGUCUUUCCGCCAACCCCAUGCAGCCCAGACAGGGUACCCCACACCUUCAUAUUCAGCUCCGUACACCGUGUCUAAAAGCUCCUUUGUCAGUCCUGCUGCUGCUGCUGGUGCUGCUGACUUGGGUGCUGCUCCCAGGCCCGUGGGACUGGAGUGGUUUCCCGAACUUUACCCUGGUUACGUGGGCCUAGGAGUGUUGCCAAGGGGGCCUCAGCAUUGGAACUGGGUGGCUCAGAUGCCCCCUCCUGCCACUUCCCAGGGUGCAAGUGUCUCGAAAGUUCCUUGGUGGGGACGAAGUUCGGCUGAUAGCAGGAGUUCGGAACCCCUGGCGCUUACAACUUCCAGCGUCCCUCUAAUGAGGCUCUUGGGAGCUGCGCACGAAGGCUGGGUGAGGUGCAACACCACCAUAAAGAAGAGCGGUGUCGGGGGCCUCACGAUGCUCUUUGCUGGCUACUUCAUCCUGUGUUGUAACUGGAGCUUCAAGCACCUGAGUAAGCUGACUACUAGUCGCCUCCCUUUGGGCUCCGGGGGUAGGACCCGGCAGCCCUGAUGGAGCUACAGCGUUGGCGCAAGUAAUGCUGAACACGUCUGGGAGCCACAGAGGGCGCGUGUGACAGAGACAACCGCAGCAAGGACUACACACUUUAAAUUUGUCCUGGGGACAGCAGGGUGCAAAUAAUAAAACUGCUGAAAACA